AUGAGCGUCCAAGAGCUGCUCAAGAAGCAGCUAACAACUCCGAAGCUGCUGUUUCAUUUUCUCUUCUGGAGCUUCCACUGGGGAAUGUUCGCCUUUGGAUGGCGCAGGCACAAACAAGCAACAGAUCCUCGACUGGCUGGUCUGAACACACUCACAUUCUCCGUCUGGAUUUCUCGGGGUGCCGGUCUCGUCUUGGCAAUCGACGGCACCCUUAUUCUGCUGCCCGUCUGCCGGACGCUCGUGCGGAUUGUGCGGCCAAAGGUCCGGUUUCUGCCUCUUGACGAGAAUAUCUGGUUCCAUCGGCAGGUCGCCUACGCCUUGCUGCUCUUCGCCAUCAUCCACACGGCUGGCCACUACGUCAACUUCUAUAAUGUCGAGCUGAACCAGGUUCGCCCUGUCACAGCAGUGCAGAUUCACUACACGCAGCCUGGCGGCAUUACCGGUCACAUCAUGCUGCUCUGCAUGCUGCUCAUGUACACGACAGCCCACGCCAAAAUCCGGCAGCAGUCGUUCGAAACGUUCUGGUACACGCACCACCUGUUCAUUCCCUUUUUCCUCGGCCUGUACACCCACACCGUCGGCUGCUUUGUGCGCGACACUGCCGACGCCGUGUCGCCUUUUGCCGGCAAGAAGUUCUGGGACCACUGUCUCGGCUACGAAGGCUGGCGAUGGGAGCUGUUUGCUGGCGGCCUCUAUCUGGUGGAGCGUCUGUACCGCGAAGUCCGAGCCCGCCGCCAGACCCGCAUCACCCGUGUCGUCCGCCAUCCGUAUGACGUUGUCGAGAUCCAGUUUGCCAAGCCGUCGUUCAAGUACAAGGCCGGCCAGUGGCUUUUCCUGCAGGUGCCCUCGGUGUCCAAAUACCAGUGGCACCCGUUCACGAUCACGUCGUGUCCGUACGACCCGUACGUCUCGGUGCACGUUCGGCAGGUCGGCGACUUCACGCGGGCGCUUGGUGACGCCAUCGGUGCCGGAGCCGCCCAGUCGAAGCUGUACGAGGGCGUGGACCCGAUGGGCAUGUAUGAGGUAGCGCUGCAGAACGGUCAGCAGAUGCCGACGCUGCGCAUCGACGGCCCCUAUGGAGCGCCGGCCGAGGAUGUGUUCGACAACGAGAUUGCCGUGCUGGUUGGCACGGGCAUCGGUGUGACGCCGUGGGCGUCGAUCCUCAAGAACAUCUGGCACUUGCGCAACGGGCCCAACCCGCCGACGCGGCUGCGUCGUGUCGAGUUCAUCUGGGUCUGCAGGGACACCACCUCGUUCGAAUGGUUCCAGACGCUGUUGUCGUCGCUCGAGCAGCAGUCGGCCGAGGCGGCACGCAUUCCAGGCAGCAACGGCACCGAGUUUCUCCGGAUCCACACGUAUCUGACCCAGAAGCUCGACAUGGACACGACACAGAACAUUGUGCUCAACUCCGUCGGUUCCGACCACGAUCCGCUGACCGAGCUCAAGUCGCGCACCAACUUUGGCCGCCCUAACUUUGACAAGCUGUUCUGCACCAUGCGCGACGGCAUUCUCAACCGCACCUAUCUCAACGGCCUCGAGGGCAGCGUGAGGACCACCGUCGGUGUCUACUUCUGCGGACCGUCUGCAGCAGCACGCGGCAUCAAGAAGGCAGCUGAAGCAGCAUCUGUUCGGGAAGUCAACUUCCGCUUCUGGAAGGAGCACUUUUAG